AUGGCCUCUGAGACUUCUGCACCCAAAGCGCUCCCUCCUCCCCCUUCUUCCCCCGCGAAAAUCGUCGGCCUGCUUGCCAUCUUCGUCUACUUUCUCUCCCUCCCAAUUCUCGGCUUCGGCAUCUGGCUCCUCGCCACCCGGGAGUACGAGUGCGAGAAUCUCCUGCAAAUGCCGGCAAUGCGGAUCGGCAUCGGUGUCGGGCUACUGUUCCUCUUUGUGAUCAGUAAUCUUGUGGUGUACCAUGGGAGAGGGGUGCUGAUCCCGGGGCACACGAUACUGAGCAUAGCACUGGUGGUGAUGCUGAUGGUGGGGCUGUCGCUGGUUGGCAUGUACAGAAUGGAGGCUCGAGGAGUGCCGGCAUCGCCGAUGUGGCUGCGGGAGAGGGUGGCGAGAGGCGAUACAUGGAACAACAUCAAGACGUGCCUGUAUGAUAACAGCGUAUGCGCCGAAUUGACAUACAAGACCAUCCAACUCACCUCUUACGAAUUCAGCAUGAAGAAGCUUUCUGCAAUCGAGAGUGGGGUUCUUGAAGACCAUAACAUCCAGAUGGAGGAAGAUAGGUAUGUUUCUCACUGUAACGUCAGUGUUACUAGUGGCAGUUCAUUCCCUACGCUUUAUUCUCAUGAUGACUGCAGAGAGGAACAAGUAGCAUGUAGCUUGGAAGCAUAG